UUCUCAUCCAUUUACAGUCAGAUUCCUGGAGUAGAAACAGAAACAAGCUUCUGACUGCCGAGUUCAAUUUAUCUAAAUAAACGUGUUAAAGUCCCGGCCACGAAUCCCUGAUCCAAACCGACCCUGGUUCUGUUCAGUGUCUCCUGAAGUUGCUGGUUGCUCGUUGCUGUAGUUCCCUCCUUCCUCCCUCAGGCCUGCUGGCCGUCUCUGAUCUCCAGUCGGUUCAAACCAUCCGGCAGUUCCGCUACGUCGGCCUGGCGAAGAACUGGAGCGACGCCCAGACCUACUGCCGGGAGAGGUUCUCCGACCUGGCCGCCAUCCUGAACGCCGCCAACGGCACCGAGGCCCGGCAGGCGGCGGGGACCUCCCAGGUCUGGAUCGGACUCUUUAACGGCAGCUGGAAGUGGUCCCAGGAUGAGAACCGGCUUCCCCCCAGCAGCAGCGGCUCCAUGUUCACCAUGUGGAGCUCCAACGAGCCGCAGGACCGGAAAUGCACGUUGCUCAGUAAAAGCGGGUACUGGUCCGCCAAGGACUGUGGAGACCUGAACGAGUUUUUAUGUUAUGAUGGUUCCUCUGGCAACGACGUCCUGGUGAAGCAGAAGAUGAGCUGGUUUGAUGCUCAGGCGUACUGCAGGGAAACGUACACAGACCUGACCUCCAUCAGAGAUGUCAUCAAGAACUACAAGAUGACCACCCUCCUGCCUGACUCCACUUUCAACCUGUUCAACAUUAGACCCCCAGCGGUGGCCUGGAUCGGCCUGCACCGGUCCGACUGGGCGUGGUCCGACGGCAGCAGCGCCUCCUACUGGCCGUGGGCCGCCCAGACCACUACAGAGCAGACCGACUGUGUGACGAUGGACUCCUCCAGCGGCAGCUGGUCCCAGCGGUCCUGCAGCGACAGCUUCAGCUUCCUCUGCAGCGCCGACGUCGUUCUGUCAGCGACCAGGGCGCUGAAGAUUCGUCUGCAGGCCGGAUCUGCAGACCUGAACGACCCCGCCGUGCAAGAAUCCAUCCUGCAGCAGCUGAGGGAGAAGAUGGAGGAGCAGGAAGUGGCAGAGGAGGUGAAGCUCAGCUGGAGGAUUCAACCUGACGGGAAGAUUUUCCACCGGCAGCAGGAGGAAACAGCGCCCCCUGCCUGCGAGGCGGAAACAUGCCACUCAGUUUAACACGACCACUAAUUAGUUGCUGCUUCUUCUCGUUGGUCUGUGGUGUAAGUUUCUGGAAGUUAUUGGUUUCCUAUUUAUGCUAAUUGGUAACAAUAAUAACAUUCAUUCACAGGAUAAAUACUUUGUGAUUGUUGGCAUCAUUUGUUGAAAUAUGUAAUCAAAUCUUUCAUUAAAGCAGGUUAAAAAUGUC